AUGGUUAUUCAGAAGACUUGGAAUAAUGUUGAGGUAUCAAAUAAUACAAAUACUGAAAACUCACUAAAUAGUUCUUGGAAUUGUCAAGCACCAGUUAAAACACUAAUCAAUCGAGGAAAUUUCACUUCUAAUAUGCAAACGAAACAGCCAAUUUCAAGACAAAUAGCAAUUAACACCCUAGCAACUAUGCAUAGGCGCUUCAGCCUCCCAGGGCCUGUACAGCCACACUCUAGACCAAUAGCUGAGUUUCGUGCUAGUGCCAACAAAUCAUUGGACAUGUUGCGUCAAACAAUCCAGUCAGCUGUUACAAGGGAAAUUGAUCAAGUUAUUAAAAAGUACCUGGAGAAAUUCUUUGUUCCUGCAGUUAAUAACAUAAGAUUGAACUUAGGAGAUGAAUCUGUUAGUGAAGACCAGGUGAGAGCAGUAUGCCGUGCAAUGUUAGAUGCAACUCGCUUAUUAUAUACAACACCAUCGCGGCCUGUAUCUUCAAAUGAGACUAGUGAAUCAGAAUCUACAGUUGAUUCAAGACUUAUUAAGCAAACCGGUUUGCAAACUCCACUGCAGUGUAAAAGAAAAGAAACAGAUAUAGACUCUGACUUGAAAUGUAAAAAGAUCAAGCAGGAACAGAUGCCUGAUAGUGUUUCAUCACCUAUUUCUGCACCAGCUCUCAGAGAUCCUGAAAAAUGGAAUCCCGCAAGGUUAACCCAAGACACACUUUUUAUUAUGGGGUCUCAUGCUCACAAGGUUCUGGGAUUGGGUAAUUCGAGAGGACGCUUAUACACCAGACAUGCUGGUCUGCUCAGAUAUCCUGCAGAUACUGCUGAUAAGGAAUGGAUUGCUAGUCAUAAUUUGGUUAAUGCAGUUGGUGGAAAAACUUACAUAAUGGUAUUAGAAGACAUUGAAGAGCUUGCGACCAGCGAGGCCUAUAAACACAGUUCCUUACCAAUGCUUGGUGAAUUGACCGGAUUCAAAGUUCCUCCUUUUAUGUUAAGAAAAAUAAAAGCAUAUGUUCUUAAAAGAGCACUAAGUGGUGAUAUAAGCAAUGCUAACAGUCCUCAACCGUCUACUAGUAGUGACCAAGAAGAUAAAUACAAGGUUGAGGAUAUAAAACUAGGGAGCCACGACAAUUUCGAUAGUAAUAAUUUCAAUGCCAGUGAAUACAUGAGGAAUCCUGAUACAGGCAGACAGUAUACAGACGUUUCAAAUAUGCUCAAAGAAGAUACAGAUUUUGCCGAUAUUAAAGUAGAAGAUAUUGAUGACAUUAAAGUAGAUGGUAUCAAAGUUGAAGAUCUUGAUGAAAUAAAAGUUGACGGAAUCAAAGUAGAAGAUUUAGAUGUGAAUGAUAUAAAAGUCGAAAAUAUUGAUGAUAUAAAUGUAGAAGCUAUAAAAGUGGAGGAUAUUAAACUUGAAAAUGAUGAUGCAUUUUCUCUGUGUAAACAAGCGGCUGAUGACCAAAAUAAUUUAGUUGAUGGCUUACUUGAAGCCGAUAUAGAAUUUCUAAGCAGAAAUUUGGGCAAUAUAGAAAGUGAUGCUGAUGCAAGAAAGACAAUUGAGAAACUAACAGGAGCUAAUCCAGACACGAUAACCUUAGUUGGAGACGAAUUCGAUUUGGGGACUACACUUAACACAGAUAAUUUUACUGGUAAUCAAAAUACAAAGUGCAUAACAGUCGCGUCAACUACUAGCGGUAUGGUCCACAGCGUGCCUGUGGCACAUAUUGCAGCGCCGCCUCGCAUUACUGGCAGUACUGUACAUUAUUAUACUAGCUCUACCGUUCCACCAACGAGACAAAGGACAAUACAUCAUUUGCCACAAGCCACUGUUACUAUACAGAGCAUUCCCGGAUCUACAUCACAAAUGAUCAGAGGAAUACCCAUCAACACAAAGACAGGAACAAUCAGCACUGUCAUGUCGCAAGGCACAGCUAGCACCAUAAUUGGCUUCGGUACUCGCACAUCGAACGCCACAGUCGUUGGAACACCAACUCAAUAUAUCAAUGUGUCAUCAAAAGCUUUCCCUACUGGAAACAUAUUACACAAUGCUAUCGUCUCAAGAAACAUAAUAAACCGCAAUUUAAAUGCAACUACAUCGAGUGUCUCUUUCAAUGUGACUGCUGUGAGACCCGCAUUGCAUACAACCUCCCCAAAAAUAAGUACGGCGGUUACCGCCAGUUCAAGUGAUUUCGACAGCAUAUCUACGGCCAAAGAUAUGAUAGACAAUGCAUGCAGUUCUUCAGUGAUGUUAAAGAAAGUGCUUACACUUGGAAGUUCUGCUGCCAACAAGUCCUUUAUGAUGCACAAUACUCAGAAAGUUUUAUCAACUGGUUUUGCUAACGGAGUGACUCCACCACCAAAUGUUACAAUUGUAAGCUCCGGUACUAGUGGUGGGAUUUUGAAUAAUAACCUCGGGAAUGGUUCACCUAACAUAGUUUGCCCUACAUCCGGUAACUUAAGUGCUACACAUGCCACAUUAUCAGCUUUGUUAGCUUCGAAUGCAGAAAACGCGCAGUGUAAUAAAAAUUGA